AUGUCUCAUCUUCCACCUCUCUUCUCUGGCGAUGGCAAGAUAUCUGAUCAGGGUGGUAGGGCCAGAACCGCCCCGACGGCCACGCUCACAGACGGUGCUAGCAUCUAUGGAAUCUACACCCCCAGCCUCACCCACGACAGUACAUUGUCUGAGCUUGUUGUGAUGCCGUCGGCAACGGAGCCCACGGUCUUAUUGCGCGAAAUCCAACAGGCUGCCGAUGACAUAUCACGGCUCGUAGGGCGAUUUGGAUUCAAGAUGGCAAAAACGCUGACGACUCCUUAUAUCAAAAAGGCGCUUUUCGCGGACAGGAAACUGCUUCGACUACCGUGCCUAAUGUACGCAGACGAGUUCUCCUGCGUAAUCACAAGGUUCUGUUCCAAACCAAUCCACGACUCGACUUCGGCACCGCUGCUGUGGUGGCUCUGGAACGAGCUACUCGACGUCCUGCCGCCGAUAGGCGAGACGCGGAACUGCAGACUCGACUUCAAACCCGCCUUGAGGACUGACAUAGCCCUGCCCUAUGCGAUCACCAUCGACAUUUCAAGCAAAAACAACAAAGACAACAUCGAGCUUACUGCGUCGUAUGGCGGGCUAUUUGAUGAGCGGCGCAUCUUUGAUGUACCUAUCACGCAAUUUGGCCUUCCCAAGUCGGAAAAUUACGGCAAGCUGACCAAGGCUACCCUGGACAUCAGCCAAGACCCGUACGAAGGAAACGGCUGCGUCGCUGACAUUUUUGAAUACCUCGUGCCUCGUUUGGAGAGCGAAUGGCGGCGCGCCAUGAACGCCUUCCCUGCAGAGAAAGAGGAGGACCUGGUCAUCGCUCUAGCUAAGAGUGGCAAAGCGGGAGACGACCGCUUCCCCAUAUCGGAGAACCAACAACAGCAGUUCCGGAACCUGCUACGGCGCUUUCCGAUCGACGCCAGGGAAUACGUAGCCGAGAAUGGGCUCGUAGGAAUGGAGAAGGGACCGUACAGCGAGUCUGCAUUCCAAGCCCCAGGUCCCAAGGACUAG